AACUCCCCAAUAUUUCUUGACUGCGAAUUACAACUCUGAAGCUGAUGAACAUUUUUUCCAUCUUGACGUCUUGUAAUUACAGUCUUUUUUUGUACAAGAUAUAACUUAAUUAGUAAAUUAGUGUGCUUUAGAGAUGUUAGUUGGCAGGCAUUGUUUCCUUUGGACAGAACCAGGUCAGCUGUUUCAUGUCUCUAUGUAAAGCCUCUAGCUUCAUAAUAUACCAGACACAGCACAGCACAGCAACAAGAUUUUCAAUCUUCUCCUAUAAACUUCUGCAAGAAAGCGAAGUGUAUUUCUCAAAUUCUUGAUGUAUUCCUUUAAUGAUAUCACCGCACCAGGUAUAGAAAACAGGGUGAAGGUUGUGGUUGAAGGAAACAUGUGGUGCCAGUACUGCUGAGUCAAUGCCCUUCAAUAUAGUGACUGAUUGAUGCACCUGCUUUACCUGUCGUGGUCCAGCAUCCCUGCCUCCUGUUUUUUAAUCAAAAUGUUUUCAUGUUAUUAUUUAUCAUUCUAUCAUGUUGAUAGGGAAAUAAAAAUGGUCUCUGGUUACUUUGACAAAGCUGUAAAGUAGUUUUAUUUUUUCAAAAUAUGUGCAAGUGGGUGGCUUUUGCAUAUGAACACGCAUAUGUUUGAGUGCUUGAGCAUAAUGUGUGUGUGAUUGGUGUGUGCAUAUGCUUUUGUGCUUCCAUUUUGACCUUGUUCAGGCUAACAGUUUUAGGCAAAGGGCAUUUAGAUAUUAGUGAUAUACUUGAUAUGAACAGCAACCAAUAGCAGACAUACAACAGGGCUCAGAUAGGAAAGUUAAUCAGCUACAGACUUGUGGGCCUAGUCGGCAGAUAACAAAAGCAUUUACAACUACCAGCUCAGCACUGAUUCACAUACACACAUAUAUAUAUCUCUGUCCUACCUUUCACCACUCCUUCCCUACCGUCUGUCAAGCUUGUUCCAGUGGCCAGUUUGUCAGUCUGUGAGUGAACCGUCAUGAGGACACUGCUGCUGCUGUGGGCGACGACCUUGUGUCUCUGUGUGUUUGUCGCCGCUGACACACAGGCAGACAAAUCAUCCCCUGAGAAGGAUGGAGUUUUACAGCUGAAGAAAGGAAAUUUCAACAGGGUACUGAGAAAACAUAAACAGCUGCUGGUGCACUUCUAUGCUCCUCUGUCUGGAGAAGGCUAUCGAGUCUCAGCAGCCUUCGAAGGUGCUGCUGCAGAGCUUCAGGGGUCAGAGGUCAAACUGGCAGUGCUUGAUGUGACAAAGGAGAAGGACCUCGCUAAAGAACUCAAUGCGACAGGACUUCCCACAAUCAGGCUGUACCUUUCCGGAGAUAAACACAACCCUGUGUUCUGUCCUGCUCCUAAGAGCUCGGCUUCCAUCUUGACCUGGCUGAAGAGGAGGGCUGGGUCUGCUGCUGACCUCAUCACUGAUCUUAGCCACUCCGAGGUCUCAGAGGAACUGACAGUGGUUGGAUUCUUUAAGGAGCUGAACAACGAGUACAUCCAGGUGUUCUACGCUGCAGCGAUCGACCUUCCUGAUGUUAACUUUGCUGUGACACAGAACAAUGAAGUUAUCAGCAAAUAUGGUGUCACAUAUGAUGUAGUACUGCUACUCAAAAAGUCUAAGCUCAUCCAGGCUUACAAAAUGAUGCCUCAGACAUCCAAAGAGGAGCUGGUCGUUUUUAUCACCGUCUACCAGAUGGACCCAGUGACUGAGUACACUGGUCAGACAGCCAAUCAGAUAUUAACAGCACCUGUGUUAAACCACGCCCUCCUGUUUGUCAACAAAAGCUCUGCUGACUUUAAAGAGAUCUACUCUGGUUUUAACAGUGCUGCUACAGCAUUCAGGUUGAAGAUUUUAUUUGUGUGGGUGAACGUGGAUGAGCCCCGUAAUGGCAGGCUAAUGGAGUACUUCCGGGUUCGUGAUUUUGAGGCUCCACUCAUCCGAAUGGUCAACCUGACAGACCAUGUGACCUAUCACCUGCCUUCUGAAACUUUGGAUGUAGAAACCAUAAAAACAUUCUGCCAGUCCUACCUAGAGGGCAAGGCUAAGCCUAGGAUGCAGAGUGAGCCGAUACCUGAAGGUUGGGACAAACAGCCGGUGAAGGAGCUGGUGGGAAUGACUCUGGAGAAAGUCGUCUUUAACCCCAACAAGACUGUUUUUGUCCUCUUCUAUCUUCCCUACAGUCAGGAGUCACGUGCUGUGUUUCCACUUUGGGAGGAGUUAGCUGAGACCUUGAAGGAUCGAGAAGACAUUGUCAUUGCUCGCAUCGAUGCCUCAGCCAAUGACAUCAACAUGUCAAUGCAGGGCACCUACCCAUCACUCUGUUUGUUCCCUGCUCUAUAUGCUGAAAGAAUGCUGGUUUACCCUGGUAAGAGGAAGUUGAAGGACCUGGUUAAGUUUGUAGAUAGAGAGAUGGAGAAAGCCAAAAAAGACAGAGUGAAGGAGGAUGAAGACAGGAGGAAGUACAUCGAGGCCAUAAAAGCUGAAGAGGCAAAAAAAGCCAACAAAUCCAAAGAUGAGCUUUAAUCCAAAAACAAAGAGAGUACACUGUGUGUGUGUGUGUGUGUGUGUGUGUGUGUGUGUGUGUGUGUGUGUGGUAUACCUUUCAGUCUGUACUUUCUAAACAUGUAUCAGGUUUUAUCUACUCAACCAAGUUGUCAAUAAGCAUCUGGUCAAUCAAAUCUAAUAAAGUCUUCACUUACAAACUCUCA